CGCAUACGUACAUGUAAUGUACGUUCGAAUAUUAAUUCAGUCGUGAAAAUAUAGGAGCGUGAUUGGAACGGUACGGUCCGGAGUUUCCCUAACUUAUUUCUCGCUCUCUGUUUCCGUCCAAAAUGCGUUAAGAGUCUCAUUCACAAGUGUUUUGAUGAUCAGACCCAGUGUCCGGGGAUGUGCCGAGUUUGUGGUCAUUAGUGGCUUUGUUUCGGAGCCAGAAUGUUGACUUUCAAGACCGAGCCCGUGGAGGAUUUCUACGAAAUCGGAAAGGAGAUUGGGAGCGGUCAGUAUUCAGAGGUCAAGCUGGUGACCGAGCGCAGCACGGGUCAAGACUUUGCCGGCAAGUUUGUCAAGAAGCGUCGCUAUGCCUCCAGUCGACGAGGCUCCAAACGGGAGGACAUCGUCCGGGAGAUUGAGAUUCUCAGCGAGCUGUCCCACAGCCAGAUCAUCAGUCUCCAUGAGGUGUUCGAGACGCAGACGGAAAUGGUGCUGAUCUUAGAACUAGUGACUGGUGGGGAGUUGUUCCACUAUCUGGCCGAGAAGGAUCACGUCAGCGAGGAGGUGGCAGCCAAGUUUACCAAACAGAUCCUGGAGGGACUGAAACACAUGCAUGAUAGACAGAUCUGCCAUCUAGACUUGAAGCCGGAGAACAUCAUGCUGCUGAAUAUGAACAGUCACGAGGUCAAGUUGAUUGACUUUGGCCUAUCCCGCAAGCUCAGCAAAAACAAAGACAUAACGGAGAUGGUUGGAACGCCUGAAUUUAUUGCUCCAGAAGUAGUCAACUAUGAGCCUCUUACAUUAGCAACAGACAUGUGGGCCAUAGGAGUCAUCACGUACAUUCUGUUAAGUGGCUGUUCACCGUUUCUCGGCGACGACCAGCAGGAAACCUAUACGAACGUGACGAGAGUGGACUACGAUUUCGACAACGAGUAUUUCUUGUCUACCAGCGAACUUGCCAAAGACUUCAUCAGCAAAUUGCUGCGCGAAGACCCAAACCAAAGAGCUUCCGUUGACGACUGUCUGAACCAUGUCUGGAUCAAGCCGUCCAAUAAAAUCCAACGAAAACUCCGAGACAGCUCCCAUCUGAAUACGGAGAACCUGAGACGAUUUAAUGCAAAGAAACGGUGGAAGCAAUCCAUGAAAGUCGUCUCAAUCUGCUGCCGUCUCUCCAAAAAUGCCAAGAUCCGCAGCACUACAGGCAAUCUGGACGGGAGUUCGGAUCCACUUGAGGACAAUGAUGAGUCUUUUGUUCUAAUGGCGGUCUUCCAUGCAGUCGAGGACGGGAACCUACAGGGCAUCAAGGAACUGGUGGAGAAUCUCACAACCUAUGACGCCAACCAGAAGAACAAGCAUGGGGAAACAGCAUUACACAUGGCAUCAGGACAAGGCCAUCUGGAAAUUGUGGAAUAUCUUCUGAACAAAGGAGCCAGGAUUGACAUCAAAGACAAGCACGGGGACAAUGCAAUAUACUGGGCAGCAAGGCAGGGCCAGGUUGAACUCAUAGAAUACUUGAAGGACAAAGGGUGUCCAGUCAAUGAACAAAACAAGACAAAGGAGACCCCACUCCACGUAGCCUCUCGUUACGGCCAGGUAGAGGCAGCCCAGUACCUGUGCAGUCUGGGCAUCAAUGUGGACAUACAGGAUGAGGACGGGGAGACACCUCUACACAUAUCAGCCUGGCACGGCUACGUAGGCAUUGUACAGAAACUCUGCCACAUCAACGCAGACCUAGACCUCAGAAAUAAGGAUGGUGAGACCCCCCUCUUGUGUGCCUCGGCUAGGGGUCAUCUGGAGAUAGUGUCCAUCCUGGUCAAGGCAGGGGCCAAACUAAACAGCACGGACAAGCAGGGACUGACGUCGCUACACCACGCGGUCAGGAGGCAUCAUUAUAACAUCGUCAGGUUCCUGUGCGAGAGUAACUGUGACGUCAACACGCAAGAUAAGUUUGGUGAAACAGCUCUUCAUAUAGCAAGCAAAGAUGGGUCCCUUCUUAUCCUUGAGUUACUGCAUUGCGCUGGCAGCAAUGUAGACACCAUAAGUAAGAGUGAAAUGUCUCCACUUCAAGUGGCCGCCAAGCAUGGCCACAUAGAAAUAGUCAGGUACCUGUGCCUCUCUGGAUGCAAACUGGAGCACAGAAACAAGGAUGGUCUGACGGCCUCACAGAUAGCAGCCCUGGAGGGACAUGAAGAUGUGGUUAUUAUGUUCAGACAGGUGCAAGGGGAAAAGAUGAGAGAAGUGUAUGUCCACCAACUCAGCUCCAACUCUGGGUCCCUCUCCCGGAUCCGCCUGAAAAUCUUCGGCCACCAGGGGGUGGGCAAGAGCACCCUCAUUGACUCGUUAAAGUGCGGCUACCUGCGGGGCCUCUUCCGUCGCUCCAAGUCCAACCUGUCGCUGAUUGGUCGAUCGGCGACCAAGAAGUACAUGGCUAGUAAGGAGAGUCUGACGGGCAGAUCUAGCUCAACUAGCAGUGCUGAGCCAGACUAUAACGGCACUAAAGGAAUCGAGAUCUCCCAUAUCAAUGUACCAGGUGCUGGUGAGUUUUCCGUCAUGGAGUUUUCAGGUGCCGAGUCCUACCACACGAGUUACUGCCACUUCAUGGACGACGACGGAGCAAUCAAUCUCAUCGUCUUCAGACUAGAUGACUCAUUUGAGGAUCAGCUAUCUCAGGUUACCUACUGGAUGAACUAUCUCAAGUCCAGGUUACCGGUGUCGGAACCAAUCGGUCAUUGUGGCAAGUACAGCCAACAGAUGAAAGUGGCUCUAGUAGCGACCCAUGCAGACUGCCGCACCUGUCCCAAGCUACCCUCAGGAGAGCUCAUCAGCGGGGAAGGCAACAUCGUCCUGUAUCAGAUCAAGAAGAGCUUCGGCAGGCUCUUUGACAUCUGUGAGAUGCUGUUUGUGGUGGACGCUAACAACUCCCAGUCCAGGGAUAUGAAGCUGUUACGGACGCACCUGUCCAAUCUCAGGAAUGCAGUGGUCAAGCACGAGCCUCCCCUGACAGUCCUCUGCGAGGCAGUCCUGUCCAUCCUCCCCGUGUGGCGUAAGAGCGACAAGUGCCAGUCCUUCCCCGUCCUGACCUGGCAGCAGUUUCAGGAGAUGGUGCACACCAACAUCAACCCACUGGCCAGCGAGCUGCAUCUCAAGGAUGUCAUCAGACAGUUGCAUUACAUGGGAGAGGUCCAGUGCUUCAUGAGUGACCUCCUUCAAGAGAUCAUCUUAAUCGAGCCACGCUGGCUCUGCUCCAACGUGAUCGGUCAGCUCCUGUCACCGGACACCUCUGACCAGCCUUACGGUCAGUACAGCGUGCACUACAUCCAGUCAGUCUUCCCAGAAACGGACUCGAUGGACAUUGUCCAGUUGCUGGAGGCCAUGGACAUCUGCACCCAGGGCACGGUCUGUGAGUUCCCCUCGCUCAUCAAGAGCAUUGCGCCGCUCGGGAUCUGGGAAAAGGAAGAUGAGAAUGGAAACUUGAAUGUCUACGGAGGAGUCCGGUUACAAAUAGCCGACUGUACCAGCGUCUUGCCCAUUGGACUGUUUGCCCGCCUGCAGUUGUCACUCAGGAGGAACUUUCAGCAGGAUGUGGAGGACUUGGACACAGACUUGGUGUUGUGGAAGGACGGAGCAAAGUGUGUGAGUGGCAGCAUGGAAGCCAUACUGGUACUGACCAAUGAGGGACAGAGCAUUGAGAUCAGGGUCCGGGGUAUCAACGAUACCAGACAAGGUUGUUUUGUGUUCAUGGAGGAUCUCAUCCAUCUCGUUCGGAACGUUGUGGAGGAGUCUUAUCCGGGGUUGCUUCUCAACCAGGACGUGUUGAGCCCCACCCAGCUCCGCAACCAUGACCGGUUUGUCAUGACCUACGAACCAAAACACAUCUUCCAGGUGCAGAUCAGAAAGGAGCGGUCAGUCCGUAACGAGAUCACCGAAGAGGAUGAGACCUUCACCGACCUCUUCUGCUUUGGCAGCGAAUCCAUCGAAGCCAACACCAUCCCAGGCAUCAAUCUGCAUAUUGCUGACCUCCCCGAGCUGACCCGGAGACAACUGAGCAUGCUUCUUGAUCCGCCGGACCCCAUGGGCAAAGACUGGUGCCUGAUGGCGCUCUCGCUAGGCAUGAUGGACCGGGUACCCAUCUUGGACCCUCUGAAUAACCGAUGCGGCCCCGAGGAAUCAGACAGCCCCACGGAGAGAACACUCCAGGAGUGGGGCAGUGACCCUGGGAGCACCAUCGGUACUUUGGUGCUCAAGCUGAGGGACCUCGGUCGUGACGAUGCGGCCAGGGUCAUCCUGAACAGCAUGCCCAUGUACAAGUUCCUGCCGGACCCACGAGCCAUGGAAGAGAGCCAGAUGAGAAUCAACGGCACACCCAACAACUCGUCCAGCACGGUAGCAUCAAGAUGAAUUCAGAGACAGAUCCACAACAUCUCUAAAGGUUCUGCCAACACAACACAUGUCAAAUCGUUGUGAUUAUGAGUAGUUCAUUAACUCCAACAGCAUUAGACCCUGCUGUAGCAAAUGACCUUUGGACAGUACCUGGGGAGUCAAGGUCAAGGAGCUGGUCGGUAUUGACAUUCUCUAAUCUGAUCACUCUGAUUGACUUGAGGUGAAUGUCAAGGAAAGUGCAUCCACUGAACAGAUUAACAGUAUAUGUUGUUAAGAAUUUUGUGAUUUCUUUGAGAGUUGUUAAAAUGGUUAACACCACGACAACUUAGUUGUUUUAUUCACUGCUACCAGGUGAAGAGACCCUCACGUCACCUCCAUGGUCCAACUGUUUGCCCAGUUGGGCGCCAUCGUUCUGCAGUUUAAUUACAUUUAGUUCAACUGGGUCAGCUUCAACAGAUCUUGACGGUUAUUCUCACUGGUGCUUUUGUCCUCGUAGCCACAAGCACUGAGAGCUUCCAGGUGGAUCGGUUUUGUAUCAAUUAGGACAAGUGGAAUCUCUGCAGUAUGGCCACUGGAUAACAAUGGAGGGUCACAAAGGUUGUGAUGAAUAUGUAUAAGCAUUUUUUUGUCAUUGAACUUUAAAGCGAGUUGACAGCUUCAUUUUCACCCAUCUGACUGAAUCUUGAUUUGGCUCUGUGUAUGUACCCAUCAGGGGUUAAAUAUGCAAAAUACGACUGCCAAAGAAGGUAACACGCCAUAGGACAUGAUUCUUUAAAGGCACGUAGAGACAUUUGCAGUUACCCGGAAUACGUUUUCUCAAUUGUGCACGGAGCCCAUACUAAGAUCCCCGCCCCCAACACACAUACUCUUGACAUUUGUUAGUUAUGGGGUACCACUAUUGUCCACUGUUGCUUCCCUACUAUUGUUUGCCUUUGUGUCUAUUGAAAUCUAAACACACAGUGAAAUCUCGAUAAGUCAAAACCUGUUCACUCAAAAACCCUUCUUACUCAAAGUAAAAACUUAUUCCCGUCAAAAAGCCAGUUCGGUAUUUCAACUGCGCAUGUGCACAGUGAUAUGGGUCACAUGUCAUUUGGGAUAAUGGGACGUUUCGAAGGCGCAUGAACGCGGGCGCACGACGCUUGCGAGUAAAUUACCAGCAGAAUGGGUGUGACAUCGUGUGACAUCAUGUCAGCGAUGUUAUCCCGAAUGACCUCGGGUCAUUGAAAUAC